AUGUCGAACAACCUCACAUUUGUAGAAUAUCAAGACCCAGGCGUACAAGCGCAGCGCAUCCGGUCGCGAAGGGCCUGUAGUGAGUGUCGGCACAAGAAGAGACGAUGCAGUCAUCAGCUGCGAAAACCCUUUGGGCCUCAAACACGCGCCGGCCGAGGCUCGCACCUUACCGGGUUCCAGUCCAUUGCCACGUCACAGAAUACUCAACUCACUGAUUCUCGGCCAGAGGCAGAAACUGAGCAAACAAGCCAUGAGGAUCCACAUAGGUCGCCCAGUGUUCAAUCAAUAACAGCUCCCCAGCAGCAGUAUGACAAGCCUCGGAAUGACCGGCAACAUCAGCAGCUCCCUUCACGACAUGGAGCGCAGAGUUACGCGGAUCAACCAUGCACGUCUGAUGAACACACUAGCCCCCCAACGACGCGCUUUGUUGGUGAUCUGAAUCCACAAACUCGACUGCUCCUUGGAAACAGUAUCGCCCUUGACGAUGAACUGGAGGUUGGCAGAGGAGAGGUAGGAGUGUGGCUCCAGGCUCAGGCACGACCCUGCAGCAAAUGUGGAUGCCUCCCUGAUACCUUCGUUACAUCUUCUCCAGCAUCCAGGGGUUUGCGAUCACUCCCGUCAGAUCUUCUAUCCCAGAAUACAAUUAAAGGGCUGUCAGAUCUUUACUUCACCAACGUCCAUCCGAUCCUGCCACUCCUCAACAAAGAAGAGUACUGGCAGUCUUUGUCUUCGGGAACGAGCUCCACACCAUUGUUGCACGUUGUAUGUUUGCUUUCUGCCAAAGACAAUGCGGCGGAGAAAUUCUUGAAAUUCUUAUAUUCUGGAGAUACUCUGGUGUCAGUCCGGGAAUUUUGCAGCCGCCUGUACAUGUCGAUCUCAGCGGCGCUCUCUCGGCGCAAUAGUAUGAGAAAGCUGACCCUGGUGCGCAUACUUGGACUUCUUUCUUUGCACCACGAAGGCAGUGACGGUGCGGAUCAAGCAUCCUGCUAUAUUGCCGAAGCCAUCAACCAUGCGCAAACGCUGACACUGCAUUUGCCACGACCAGUCGAUACCAACAACGAGCUUAAACGAGUUUUCUGGUGUCUUUGGACACUCGACCGAUUGAAUGCCGCGACCAAUGCACGACCGUGCCAUAUGAGCGACGUUGACAUAUCUAUCCCCGAGCUGACGCAAGAGGAAUCUGGCUACGUCGCAUUUGACGUGUGGUUUCGUAUCGCCAGGAUCCUGAACAAAGUCAUCGAGUUCUAUCGACCCAAACUCGAGGAUCCCGUUUCCGGGUUGGACUCCGGGUUUCCAGCCUUUGAACAGAUCAUGGACGAAAUGCACGCUUGGCAACUAUCUCAAUCCAGUAUUGCCACUCUCCAUAUCUUUUACCUCGCCAUUGCAGUCCUUGGGCAUCGUCUCAAGGCUAUCACGAGCCUACCACCACCCACUCCGGCAAGACUGCGGCAACAGCUUGCCACUGUCCAGGUCAUCAGGUACAUGGAGGACACGAACCGAUUGAACGCGUUGCAUCCAUUUCCUAUUGCCGUAUAUGCUGUAUCGCUUGCCCUGUCUGUCUCUUAUCAGCAGCUCAAAUUCAGUCGUCUUCCCAGUGACCGGGAGGAUGCGCGCCGCGAUUUCCAGAAAUGCUGCGUCAUCAUGCAGGAGCUGAGGCGUAAAUGGGGCUGCGCCGAUGCGAUGGGGUCUCUGGCGCAGAAAAUCUCUGCUGCGCUCGACCAUCCAUCACUGCUUGAUGAACUCCGGGCAAAUCAGUGUGGUCCCGUGAGCAACGACAGUAGCUUAACAGGCAAUUCAGGAGCUGGUAUAACACAGAAACAGUGUGAAGACCACCAAAUAUCGGCUUUAUCAGCGGGCGAACAUCCGUUGAACUAUCAAAUGUUAUUUACCGGGUUAGACACCAUGGACGAUAUUUCUUGGAUGAACUUGGGCGCCGGAGACCCAAGCGAAGUCGGGCAUGACAACUUCCCUUCAAUUAACUUCAACGACCAUUGUGACUAUGGUACUAUCGCCAAAUAUAAACCUCAAGACACUACUACGAAUCCUUUCUUAAUCCUCGAGGCCUCUCGAAACCCGCAAUAUGCACAUCUGGUCGACGCUGCUGUGGAUUACGGCCGGAGCCAGGGUACUACCCUAAAUGACAAGGUUGAUGCUGCCCUCGACCGUCUCUUGGUAGAGUUCGGGCGAGAAAUUCUCAAAAUAAUCCCUGGCAAGGUCUCAACGGAGGUUGAUGCUCGCUUCUCCUUUGAUACAAAGGCCACAGUUGAAAAGGCGCUCCAUAUCCUGUACGAAAUCAUUGGAAUCUCUAAAGACCGCGUCCUCAUCAAGAUUGCUGCAACCUGGGAGGGCAUCCAAGCCACCAAAAUCCUCCAGAGAGAGCACGGUGUCAAUUGUAACUUGACAUUAAUAUUCUCCAUCAUUCAAGCCAUUACUGCGGCCGAGGCCGGAGCAUUUUUGAUAUCACCGUUCGUCGCCCGUGUAAAGGACUGGUACAAAGCCACAACCGGCCAGAAACACUUUACCCCACAAGAGCACCCUGGCGUCAAGUCUGUCCGGACCAUCUUUAACUACUACAAGAAGUUUGGCUACGAGACGAUUGUCAUGGGUGCUUCUUUCCGAGAGAAGUCUGAGGUCUUCGAGCUAGCUGGCUGCGAUUACCUCACGAUUCCUCCUUCACUCCUAGAAGAGCUCAUGUCAUCUCAAGAACGCGUCAAGCAGAGUCUGAGCCCUGAAGAUACCGCAUCACUAGAGGUCACAAACAAAAGCUAUAUCGAAAACGAAGCAGACUUUCGCUUCGACAUGAACGAGGAUGCCAUGGCCUCUGAGAAGCUUCGUGAAGGUAUCUCAAAAUUUGCGGCUGAUGCAGUCACUCUGAAAGACAUCCUCAAGAAGAAGGUGGAGGAUUCGCAGAGAUAA